CUACACUGCAAUGAAUUUCUUCAUGCAUUACGCAUUGCGCUUCUUCCUUUCAAAAGCAUUCUGCAGCCAAUCUGAGCCCUAGCUGCAAUCUGCAAACGUAAUGUAGAUUUACCGCCAUGACGGAGAACUGGGACCUCCGUGCGUUCAUAUUCAGCUGCCCUGGCGACCAGCUAGAAGACGAUGAGAAGGAAAGGUGCUAUGCAGCGCUGAACAAGGGAGGUUUCUCGGCCGCUAGCAAGCGCAGAGCGUUCUUUGCGCUGGAUGAGCCCAACCUUGAAAGGCUCGGCAUAGAGCCCUUCAGCGUGCGCAAGGCGCUGCUGCUGGUAAGCGCAGGCCGCGCGCAGUCUGACGCAGGUUCGAGCGGCCAGUCCGGUCCAGGUGGCGCCAGCGGUGGUGGCGCCGGUGGGGCGGGCCCAGACGCCGCAUUUCAACUUGCGGACUUGUCUCGCUCGAAUGUGUGGCGCCUGGUGGACAAGGGCGAAACCGUCGGCACGUGCUGCCUGGUCAGUCACAACAACCGGCGGUUUGUGCUGGCCGCGCGCCACUGCAUGGACCCCAAGCCUGGGCAGCGCAUUGACGUGUCGAGCUUCACGGUCUGCGGCCACAAGCUCAGGCACCUCGCCAGCUUCCUAAAGCACGACGUCACCGUGCUGCUGCUGGACGACAACAUCGAGCUGCCCGACUUGCUUCGCGGUGCCAUCCCCUUUGAGGUGGACGCCGGCAUAGGCCUGUUCCGUGGGAUGCCGGUCACGCUGAUCGGCUUUCCGCUCGCGGCCGACAAGACCAUCACGGGCUUCCAGCAGUCCGGCAUCCCCCUGGUCGCGAAGGGUGACGUCUCGUGGAUCAGUAGCAAGAACGCGUUCGAGGCGAUCGGCUCGUACCCAGGGACGUUUCCUAACUGCAGCGGCGGCGCUGUGGCAAACGGCCGGUACCUGGCCGGCCUGCACACCGGCAUCAUGUGGCACGAGAAGGGAACGAAUCCGCGGGACACCUCAACAACCACGGACCAGGAAAAGGGCGAUACAAGCGGCAGCACUUGCGGCAGCGGUGCAGCCGCCGGCGCGGGAGGAGCGGCGGCAGCGGUCGGCGGCGAGCCCAUAGAGACGGACAAGUGGCUCGCUGACGACGGCGCUGCAGGGGCGCAGGCAUCGGCGUGCGGGGCCAACAAGAAGCGGAAGCCCGCUAGCCGGCAGGAGGACGCAGCGAGCAUGGCUAGCGCACUGGAGUACUGCCUCGACAACGUGGAGCACAAGCAGGGCAUGGGCGUGUUCGUGCCCGCGCACGUGCUCGGCCAGCUGCUGGACUGCUGCCAUGAGCUGCUGCUGGCGGCUGUGCGGCCGGCGGGGGCGCCGCAGCAGCAGUAGCGCACUGGUGGCAGCAGGGUGCGCGCGGUGGCAGCGGGUGCUGGCGGCGAUCCAUAGGUGCCAGGGGUGGUUUAAGUAGCGGUCUUCGGGUGGCGGCGUGGCUGCUGGCUGGCUAUUGUGAAACAUUGAAGUGAGUGGCUUGUUCGCCGCUUCUUCCUUUUGACCGGGCCGGUGAGCUGAUGCUGAAAGCAUUGAUGCAUGACGAGCGUGGCGGGUGACGAACCUCGGAAGUCAUCAGCUGUAGAAGCGAACGAGAUUCACAGAUGUCGAUUGUACUGCAACCUGGCCCUGGUCAAGCUCUUUGAACUGGUGAACCCUUCACCGCUCAGCCGCCUACACCUUUCCGUUUGUCGUCUGUCCUGGGCAUAGAGGCGUAUUUUAAUUCUCCAUCCAAUGUCCUGCGGUGGGCGGAUGGAAGUUGUACUUGAGACCUGGAGUGCGGGUCUUGUGAGGGCGCCGCGCCGUGACGGCAUGAUGGGCUGUAGCAUUAGUUGUAGCAGGCCAGCCGGUGACCACACCGGACCAUAGGUGCCACGGCUUUGUGGUAUGAUGUGCACAGCGACCCGCAGGACGCCAUGCCCACAUUGGGCUGGAGUUAUGGGCGUUGGGGGCGGUAACACGGUAAUGGUGUACAGAACACAAGUUGUCAGGGGACAGCGAAUGAGUGGGGGCGGGCGGGCGCUGCGCUGCGCGCCGCGGCAUGUGGGGCGUGUGAGUGACCGGCAUAUGGAAUGGGAUGCUGUUACAGGUGGAUGUGUGGUCAUCUCAGACCUGCAACGAGACUAACCGAGCCGCUAUUGCAUGUAAAUAGGUGGCGGGGAAAAUUCGGGCGGAGCGAGAAGUGCCUUUGCGCGUCCGCGGGCAAUUGACUUUCGCAGGCUGAGAGGCCGGCCGGUGUCUAGGCAGCGGUCCGCAGUGGGGCGAGCAGGGCAUGCAUGGCUGGCAGCAGCAGCAUGAUGAGUAGUGUGGCUGUUGACAACUGUGCUGUCUCCUGACUGGCUCUGCGGUGGCGGUGUGGCUGCUGAGCGCCCGGUUUGGCUAGGUGCCUGUACAGACCGACCCCGGCUAUGUCCGGGUGAUGAGGAUGUUUGGCCUCAGAGAGUGGAGGGGCUCAGCCCCUUUUCCCGUAGCAAGGGAACACUUGUCAGUCCACAGAGAUCAGCAGCAUGAAAUAUCUGUUCGUCCGCAGCCAGUUGUGUGUGUAGUGGUGCCCUUGUGUACGUAAUGCUCUUGCGUAGUGCCAUAGUGUGCGUUGUGUCCUUGUGUAAUCAUGUGCGUGGUGUGCAUCGUAAUGUGCUUGUGUAAGUUGUGCGACGU